AUGAUCAACCAGGACUUUGUCUCUGACCCGCUCGCCGAGCUCCACGAGUAUUAUGAGACUGGGCCUCCGAUGAUGGUCAGUCGGAUCGACACCGUCGUCCCCUUGGGUCCGGACGGGUAUGGGCCGCACGGCGUGGAUGAGUAUGCCGACUCGUCCGCGUCCUCGUCCUCAUCGAGAUCGAACUCGUUCUCCAAUUUAGAUCCUCGCCCACCUUCUUUUACGAGCCCCCUCGCUACGUCCAUUCCAGAAGAUCCUACUCCUAAAGAAUCAAACAGCAUACUAUCACGCCCGGCUGGCUCUCUAGCAUUAAAAAAGCAGUUAUCGGCCAAAUUGGGCGGGUGUUACCUACGCAAAAACGGCUCGUCCCAUAUGCUAGCGACACGAGGGAAAGCGAAGGGAACAAUGGCCGAGUACAAAUGGAAUGUGACUAGCAAGGUUGAUCAGAAGGUCUACUCGACUCAGGAUACCGUCGCUGAUCGCGGCAACCACAUACGCGACUAUCUCUCGACUAGGAUGGAUACUUUCAUGGUUCAGUUGGAUAAUAAGAUCCAGUCGCGAGAUGAGCGAUCUUUUGUUCCAAAACAAGCUAAUAUGCCCAACUAUCCGGUCUACAGCGACGAAGACUACUCACAUAACAUAAAUGACAAGGCCUUCAACGACAAAUCCUCGAAGUCAUCGAAGUAUAUCUCAAAGGUGCACUUUUACGAGAACUCGCGCCUACCAGCUUCCCUUCCUCAAUUCACAAUAGAUUCCUCCGAAUACCCCCUCAUCCGCCUAGCAGCGCAAUAUUCGCACCAAACCUAUGUUAAAAGCAAACCAGAAAGCCACAAAGCAAUAGUGGUUGGCUGCGCUGAUGACAAGGAAGUGAUAGUGCUCGCGAUCCGCGGUACAGCGAGCCUUAAAGACUGGGCUGUAAAUAUGGAUACAGAACCCAAGUCCCCAAAGGGCUUCCUCGACGACUCUACAAACUUAGUGCAUGGGGGCUUCCUUAGUGCCGCGAAGAAAAUGAUCCAGCCUAUCGCGGCGCAACUCCGCGCGCUAAUUGCUGAGAACAUAUUCCGACAAUCCUACUCCCUCCUAAUCACGGGUCACUCCGCUGGGGCGGCCAUUGCAGGCCUACUAUAUUGCCAUAUGCUCUCAACAAAACCGGACUCAGAGCUGGCGUGUGUAGGUAGCUACUUCAGGCGUAUCCACUGCAUCACCUUUGGCGCACCGCCCUCUACCGAACGUCCACUAUAUCCUACUCCUUCGCCCGAUAGCGAGCAGUCACUAUUCUACGCCUUUAUUAAUGAGGGAGAUCCUGUGCCCCGCGCGGACAAGGCAUACAUGCGCUCACUACUAAGUCUCUAUGCCUCUCCUACGCCGGGUGAUUUGAAGCUACGAAAAUAUGACAAGCUCACAAAGAAGCCUCGCUCUACAAUAUGGCAGGUUCCGCCAGCACCUUUAUCGCUCGCGGGGCAUUUAGUUGUUUUACGAAAUACGCCGACUACAGACGAACAUCCUAUGAUGAGUAAGGGCGAGGUUGAGGCUUGUGUCACCUCUGAUUCUAUGGUUAGGAGGGCCAUUUUUGGAGAUCCAGGGAUGCAUCCGAUGACGCUGUAUUCGCAGCGAAUUGAUGCGCUUAAAAAUUAUGAUACGUGUUGA